UUCUCGCAGUCGUGCGAGUGGCCUGGCGAGUCCGACCGACUGACAGCUCGUCUCGUCAGCUUAGCCGAUUCUCCAGCCGAUUUCUCCGCCCGGCGAGCGACCGCCGAUCCGACCCGGUCGAUCGACCUGCCCGUCGCCCGCUCGCCCGCGCCGUCGCCGUCGCCGUCCCCGCCGCUCGGCCCGACGUUCGCGGGGGAGAAUGAUCCAAGAGUGAGACGCAGCUAACCUCGAAAGCGACGUUCGCGCUCGUGACGGGCCCGUCCCUUCCGCCGUCCCGGUCACGCGAGCGAUCGCGCCCGUCCAGGAGGCGUCCGAGAAGCGUUUCUCGGACGGACACCCGGAAGAGAGCGAGAUAGAGAGAGAGAGAGAGUGAACGGGAAAGAGACAUUCGAGGGAGGAAGGACAGGAAGGAGGAGGAGGAGAGAAGAGGAAACCCCCGACGAAGCAUCCUCGUCAAUGGUCGGUCGAGCAGCGUUCGCGACGCCGAGUGACUAAUGGUCGCGUGCGGAUGAGAGACUCGACAUCGACCUCCAAAGUGGCCCGGCUAACAGCUCUUACCGCAAUGUACUUUCUGCCUGCGUCAGACGUCAUUCCUUGUGAUACCAGCAAAGCGAACCUGGCAACCGUAGAAUGAGCCGCUCGAGCGAGAUCCUGGGGAGAUAUUGAUAUUGAAGGUGGAUGUUUACACCCAUUUGUCAAGAUGCGCCAGUGUUGCUUGAGCCACCAGGUCCUGCUGUGGCUUAUCCUUCUGAUAUUCUGCGCCGCGUACAGCAGCGGGGAUAUCCUAGUGUUUUCCGCGGCGGCGCGGCACCAAAUCGAGGAGGAGUUUCGCGAUAUGCCCGCCAAGUUCGGUGGUGUAAUACCACCGGAGGGCAUUAAGGGCAUGGUAGUCUACGCCGAUCCUCCCGCAGCGUGCCACAAAAUACAGGCUCCGCCAAACAAUACCGAUUACAAUGGUAAUUGGAUAGUGUUGAUACGACGUUAUAACUGUAGCUUCGAAAUAAAAGUUCGAAUGGCACAGGAAGCUGGAUACGACGCCGCUAUCGUGCACAACGUAAACAGCAAUGAAUUAGAACCGAUGUCGGCGAAGGAUUCCGUGGGAGUUUUAAUACCAUCCGUGUUUGUCAGCGACAUUACGGGCGUUGUUAUCAGAGAAAAUUAUUUAUACGACCAGCUGUACUUCGUACUGAUCAACGACGAUCUGCCGUUCAAUAUCAACACCCACCUGCUCCUGCCUUUUGCUAUUGUUGUUGGAAUAUGUUUUCUAAUUAUAGUUAUCUUUAUGAUUGUCCGAUGCAUAAAGGACCGAAGGCGACAGCGGAGGCACAGGCUACCCAAUUCUAGCUUGAAAAAGAUCCCUACACACAAGUAUACAAAGGGUGAUCCGUACGAGACAUGUGCCAUUUGUUUGGACGAUUACGUAGAAGGGGAGAAACUACGAGUGUUACCGUGUGCACACGCUUAUCAUUCCAAAUGUAUUGACCCAUGGUUGACAAAAAAUCGAAGAGUCUGUCCCGUGUGUAAGAGGAAGGUUUUUGCAGCUGACGAACAAGUCGUGACCGAUGAGAGCGACUCGGAUGAUGAUACAGCACCUCUUAUUCGCGAUGGUCACCAAGGUACGCAAGGAGGAACGUUCGCGCGGCAGAGGGAGAAUCCUUUUAACAGAGCCAGGAGAUCACAGGCUAGACAGGAUAGUAGUAGUUCUAGCGAUAAUAGCUCCGAUUCUGAGCAGUCCUACGUUACUACCGAGGAUGGCGUUAGCACUAGUGCUGGUGAACCAUCCAACAUCACCGUUUUUAUGGUAUCCGACACUCACAGUAUAAACGGUGAAUCACAGGAGUUGGAGCGUUCGGCCAGUAGCACUAACCCGCACACGGUGGGUUCGUACACGGACGCUCAAGAAUUUCCAGCACCUGUUGUUCAAAUCGCACCGACACGACGCGGGGUCCUGGUAAAUCCCGUGAUGUCGAAUUCCGAUCAUUAUGUCGAGACUUCGGAUAAUGCGUCGGUGAUGGCCAGUAGUUCUAACAGAAACGAUGUUAUUACGUAAUGGCCUGACAUAGCUGUGACUAUCGUUAAACGUUCUGAAUUGUUCGUGUUUCGCGGAAAGAACUUUUACUUUUCUUUCGCGAGAGAUACACUGGCACCGGUGCGCACGACAUAGAAGCGACAUAGAAUAAUGAGGAUGAAUAUAUAAUCCGGAAGUAGGUAGUAUUUUUAAUACAUAUAAAACUGUUAAUUUCGUCUCUUGGAUAAUGAUAUUGCGGCUUUGCUUUAUGGCAAAUAUUCUUUCGCACUAAUCUGUCGAGUAUGUGUUUGGUGAAUUACGUAAUAAUAACGUUUCCUUUCUCUCGCGACGAGUAUCACUUGCAGUGACGUAUUUUGGAAAGAGAUUUAAUAAUUUUACAUUUUAUAUAUUAUUGCCAACAUUCUUCGAGAGAUAUUUUAAAUUUUAUUCACGCACGAAACCAAAAUUCAUGUAUAAUGAAAUGUAUAUACUAAUGUAUAAUUAUUUGAUCUGCUUUUUUUUUACUUUCAAGAGCUAUGCAUUGCAUUAUUGCUUGAUUCCUUGACUUUUUAUCCUCAGUGUUGAAACCGUUUUCAAUAAAUAUAUAAAUAUAUAUAUGUAAGUAGGUAAGACUGCAAAUUCUAGUUCAUUUAAUGAAAUAUUAUUUUGUACAUUAGCUUAAUUCAUAACUUUAUGUGGCCUAUCUUGAUUUACGCUUUAUUUGAUUGAGUUUAUCCGAAAUUGCACGCUACUAUCAUUCGAUUACCAAAACUUAAAUAUGAUGUAAUAUAUGCUUGCAAUUAGGUAUAAGUUUACUGCGAUUACGUUAAUAGACGAAUACUGGUGAUAUUGUAAAAUGACGAACACAGCUUUGUUGCCGACAUCGGGUCUGUACAUAUAAAUAUCUAUUAAUUAUAUCUAACAGUCAGAGACCAAAAAUGCGCAGAUUCCUUUCAAUGCAGGACAUAGGAUACUGUGAACUUUCAAGUUUAGAUACUAAGUUGAUGAAAUUGAAUCUUUAACCGCGUUAAGUUUUAUGGAAAAUUUAUUGUUACCCAAAGUAUAUUAUGUGAACUAACUGUACCGUUUUAUAAAAGAUAGAUUAGUACUUAUAUAUGAAGUGGGCUGUAUAUAUGACGUGUCAAUAAUUACAUGUACAUUUCGCUACUCUCAAAUAACGUGUUUACUCGAUUUUUCAGACAUUAACAAAAGAAAUUGAAAGUAUAUGAUCAUAUAAUAUACGAUCAUAUCUAAUUUAAAUUGAACACGGAGGGACGUCAGAGUAACGCUAACACAUAUUAGUGACUUUAUUAUUUUAUUAUAAGAUUGUGCUUGAUAGAUCUGAUCGAACGGAGUAUGUCAAUGAAAAUCGCGAGGGCUUAUCGAAUUAUAAAUGAUAUUCUGUUGUUUAUUCGUAUAGACACAUACGCGUACGAUUUAAGUCUAAUCCACAAUGUGUUCUUUGGGACUAGAAACAUUCUAUUUUAUAGCCAAGAAAUAUGUUUACAAAAAUUUGUGCAAAUUGAUAAAUUGUACAUUAUUCAUUGCACGAUCGUACAUUGAUUAAUGAUACAUUGACAAUCGACGAUGUACGAUCGUGCAAUAUAUAAUGUACAAUUUAUCAAUUUGCACAAACUUUUUAAACGUAUUUCUUUGCUAUGAAAUGUAAUGUUUUUAAAUGCACAGAGCACAUUGUAGAUCGGGCUUUAAUUUUGAAAUAAAUAGGAACAAUGUUGCUUGAACGUACUAAUAUCGAUUGUGACUCAAGCGAAACGUGGAAAAAUUGUAAAAAGAUUUGUAAAUAAUAAUGGGAAGAUUUCGUUAUAUACAUACGUAGGCAGGACGCGGUAUUUUUCUUUUUUAAUAAUCGCCAAAUCGGAACAAAAGUAUUUACUAUUAUCGUUUAACGAUAUAUAAAUGUAAUAUACUAAUAAAAAUGUAUUUAUAUUUUUUUAUCAUACUAUGCCACUUGUCUCAGUCUUUUGUAAGAUGCAUAUUUACUGCAACUGCACUUACUGAUAAUUGAUGCUAAAAUCUAACGAUAUGAUGGCAGAUUAAACCUAAGAUUUAGAAAGUACGGAUCGAUGUGUUACGGUAUGGAUACACGAAAAGAAUAUUUAUCAAGUUAAAAAAGUUUAUCACUGCGAGUAUAUCAUAGAAUCUUGCAAGCGACAAGUCGAACUUCAGGAUGAAGCACCAGCUCGGAGGUGGACCGGCGAAGAGAGGGCUGUUCUCUCUAUGUUUGCUGUCGCAGCAGUGCCGAUGUUGACCCUCCGGCUUCGUACUUUUUCCCUACGUCGUUCUCCCUUUUCCCUCUUUUUUUUUCCCCCCUAUAAUCUGCGUACGUAAUCGCGAGAGAAUGACAAACAUAUUGUACGAUUGAAAUCGUUCUUGAUGUAUCGGAACACGAGCUCAUAGAUUCUCGCCGGGAUCGCGACUGACAUGUUGAGGGAAAUGUAUAUUUCAAGAGUCUAGAACACGUUUCUCAAGAUAACAUGUGAAUUAUGUAAGUUGUAUAUCGAAUGCCACGAGAGCUGUGAGUGAAAUGAGGAAAAACCGGAGUGGCUUCAAGCAAUGACGUGACGGAGAAGCUGUCCGUGUGACUAACCCCUUGCUCGUUCCUAUAGCUGGCUGUGUGUUAUCGAUUCGCGAAAAUUUCUUUUCGCUCACGGCCAUGCGCAACCCCCGAUUCCACCUUGAAAUAAGGAAGAGUACGAGUCGCGCACGUAAUGUGGUCGUCGAUACGCCACGAUUUACACGGGACGUCUAUGAAUGCGCGGAUUUCUUUUUACAUAUCCUUAUUGUAACACAUUGUUUCAUACAGAUUGGAAUCUACUGUUUAGCUCAGCUUUGCAAGCUCCGCGAACUUUCUAUCCUAGGGUGGAAACGCCUUGAUUUUGUCAGUGUGAUUUUACGAGUGUAGAGUUGGGGAUAGAAACGUGAAAAUACUUUUCGCCAAAUGUAUGUAUGGAUUAGGUAAAAAUUUUACACAUGUGCCGGGACACAUUCGGCAAACAACUUGUUCGUAAUUCCAAUUGGAAUUUAAGGGCUUCUCUGCGACUUUAUUGUGAAUUUAUCAUUUAAUUUAGGCAUCGCAAGCGUCUUUUGUGCAUUUCUUAUUGUAAAACUACAUUGGGGAUCUUAUUGGAAAAAUGAAAAACAAAAUAGAAUAUCUUAUUAUUAUUUUCGAAAGUUCAAUCUUACCAUUGUAAGAUAUUUACGCCAGUUUUUCCACUGGAGAUCAGUCUAUAGAUCGACUUUAAUUAAUUCCAAAAAUGUAUAUUAGAAAUGCGAUACAUUCUAUUACAGUUAUAAGACUUAAUAAAGAUUAAAGAAAAUAAAACACAACGCUGCAAAAUA